AUGACGUCUGCAACGCAAAGGCUUGAAACAAAACAACAAACACUAGAGGAUGCGUACUCACCACCUGCGAACUUCCUUGAAAUUGAUGUUUGCAAUCCACAAGUUCAUGGGGAUGCGAAAUCGCGAUACGUUGAUUAUGAAGUGAGGCUGAAGACUAAUCUCCCUGUGUUUCGUUUGUCGGAGUCGAGUGUUCGUCGGCGGUAUCGAGAUUUCGACUGGUUACGCGGUGAAUUAGAUCGCGAAAGUAAGAUUAUCGUUCCUAAACUUCCUGGUAAGGCAUGGAAAAGACAAAUUCCCUUUCGCGCUGACGACGGGCUUUUCGACAGUGAUUUUAUUGAAUCAAGGAGAAAGGGAUUGGAGGAGUUUAUUAACAAGGUUGCAGGUCAUCCAUUGGUACAAAGUGAGAAGUGCCUCCAUAUGUUUCUUCAAAGCGAUGUGAUCGAUAGAAAUUACAAGGCGGGCAAAGUAAACCAACCCUAG